GUUCCAAACUUUAAUACGCUAGAGUAGUGGGAAUGGUAAACAAACAGAAAAUUGUCCAGCAAAGUCUGCUCUUUUAGUUGCGUCGAUAUCCGGCGGAUAUUAGUCGUCAGCCAUUUUGCUAGCGAUAUUUCGGCGCUCGGCCAUUUUUGUUGCGUCGACGUCAAGUGUGGCCAGAGGCCUUUCAUCGUAGCCAGUAUUCGAAUUUUCUUUGUAUCGAAAUAUCGACAGGCAGAAACUGUAACUCUAAAUACUUGACUUAGUCGACAAGUUUCGUUUUUAGCUCAUCAAGAAACGAAAGGAAAGAAAAACGGAACGAACAAUUGAAAUUUUUUGCUUAGUGAUUGUCUAGGUGAGAAAUAGCUAAAGAGCUUCUGCGGCAGAGCCACGAAAAAUACGCACCGAGGCGGAGUAAUAUGAGUAAUGCAGCCAACCAGAAUGGAUCAGGUCUAGAGCAGCAGUUAGCUGGUCUGGACUUGCAGGGCUCCCGCCAACCGAGUGGGGGUCGCUACGUAGCACCGCAUUUGCGAAAUAAAUCUGGAAGUAACGCGCCUUCUGGCGGUGAUCACCAUUUUUCUUCCAACUCAAGACCAUAUUCCGAUAGAGAUAGAGGAAGAGAUCGCGAUCGUGAAAGGGAAAGGGAUAGAGAUCGUGAUAGGGGAAGAGGUGGUUCAGCCUACAGAGAUACACGCCCUCGUGAUGUCGAUUUUGGAAAUUUCGGGAAUUUUGGUGGGCGCAACAGACGUAGUGCCAAUCAAGAAAAUGGAAGAGAUUAUAGAUAUGGCAAUUCUGACCGUGACCGAGAGCGAGAUCGCCAAAUUAAUUCUGGAAAUGAUCGUUGGCAGGAUCAACCUAGAAACGAUCGCUGGCAAGACAGCAGAAACGAUCACAGAAUGGGUGGUAGAUGGAAGGACGAUAGAGAGGGAGGUAGAACAAACUCUGAAAUCGACUGGACAAUUCCCACUUCCAGAGAUGAGCGAUUGGAGGUGGAGUUAUUUGGUACUGGCAAUACUGGCAUUAACUUUAGUAAAUAUGAGGAUAUCCCAGUUGAGGCUACCGGGGAUAACAUACCUCCACACAUCACAUCUUUUGACGAAGUUAAGCUGACGGAGAUAAUAAAGAAUAGCAUUACUUUGGCUGGUUAUGAUAAACCCACGCCAGUACAGAAAUAUGCGAUACCGAUUAUUAUCGGGCGCCGUGAUGUUAUGGCCUGUGCCCAAACGGGGUCUGGUAAAACAGCGGCCUUUUUAGUGCCAAUAUUAAAUCAGAUUUAUGAAAGCGGGCCACGUGCACCUCCGGCCAAUACUUCUGGAAAGCGUAAACAUUUCCCUCUUGGUCUAGUACUAGCACCUACAAGAGAGCUUGCCACGCAAAUAUAUGACGAGGCGCGGAAAUUCGCAUAUAGAUCACGUAUGCGUCCUGCUGUUGUUUAUGGUGGUUCGAACAUUGUAGAUCAAAUGCGAGAAUUAGAUCGUGGUUGUCAUCUUCUUGUUGCAACACCUGGUCGCCUUGUAGAUAUGUUAGGACGAGGUAAAAUUGGGUUGCAUAAUUGCCGAUAUUUAGUAUUGGACGAAGCAGAUCGUAUGUUGGAUAUGGGUUUCGAGCCACAAAUAAGACGUAUAGUUCAGGAGGACACAAUGCCUCCUACUGGGGAAAGGCAAACACUUAUGUUUUCAGCUACGUUUCCGAAAGAAAUUCAAAUGUUAGCAAGAGACUUCCUCAGUAACUAUAUCUUUUUAGCUGUAGGCCGUGUUGGUUCUACAUCUGAAAAUAUUACUCAGAAAAUCGUAUGGGUGGAAGAACAUGAUAAGCGUUCUUAUUUGCUUGACCUUCUUCAAGCUGGCAACUACUCAGAUUCUUCUGCUGAGUCAUUGACUCUAGUAUUUGUGGAAACAAAGAAAGGUGCAGAUAUGUUGGAAGAAUAUUUACAUCAAAUGGGAUAUCCGGUGACUAGCAUUCAUGGUGAUCGAACACAACGUGAACGGGAAGAGGCUUUGCGUCGCUUCCGAGCUGGUAAAGCACCAAUACUUGUCGCUACCGCUGUUGCUGCCCGUGGGCUUGAUAUUCCACAUGUGAAGCACGUAAUCAACUUCGAUUUACCGGGAGAUGUUGAAGAAUACGUUCAUCGAAUUGGCCGUACUGGUCGUAUGGGAAAUUUAGGUUUAGCAACGUCAUUCUUCAACAGCAAGAAUAUUAACUUGGUGCGCGAUUUGGUGUCUCUCCUAAUCGAAGCUAAUCAGGAACUCCCACCUUGGUUAGACGAUAUGUUCUCUGAAGCAAGAUAUUCUGGAGGUGGAUCUCGUCGGCCUGGGAGUACUAAAAGCCGAUUUAGCGGCGGGUUUGGUGCUAGAGAUUAUCGUCAAACACCAAGUUCCGGAUCUGCCCGUAAUAACGGUUCCUCCAAUAGGCCUGGCAGUUACGGAGGAAGUUACGGCAAUUACGGAGGUAACUAUAACAGCCCGUAUAAUAGUUCUGCUAACAAUGUCAGCGGUAAUGAUCCUGAUUGGUGGGACAAGUAAAAAUCAUUAUCGCCAUUUCUAUUUUCACUUUUACCAUUAUUACUAUCUGUACACGUAAAUUCAAAUAUAUGUAAGAAAGACACGUACGACAUACACAUCGGGUACAACACGCACGUAUUUGCGCGCGUAUACGUAUAUACAAGAAAAGACAGUAUCACGUAUAAACAAAUCACAUUCGCUGACUGCCUGUGCACUACAAUUUUCAAACUAAAAGGAAAAAAAAUAAUUGUGUUUAUUCAAUUCCAUAAAUACUUUUAUUCGCGUGCGACGAAACACGAUUGACAAAUCCAGAAUGCAAUCUUCAGCAUUAAGAACUGUGAAAGGAAUUCAUCGUACGAUACCAAAGAUGAUGAAUUCAUUUUGUAGGGAAAGAGUUAUCAGGAUUUGUCAGCUAUUGGAGAGAAAUGUAGGAUCCAUGCAAAGUUUCGUUGCCGUGCGUGUUGAACAACACAAAUAGUAUAUUGAAUUAAUGAAUCAAAUCGAACAGUCGUUAAUGCCUAGCUACGGUAUAACGAUGUGACGCGUAGUAGGUGAAGAAACUUAGUGAAAUUUUUUAGAACUCCUGUCGAGACUAUGGGGCUCAUUGUGGCUUCAUUAUUAAAAUUUUUGAAGGACGUGGUGGGCGUAUCUUCGAGAAUCGUGUGGCGUCUAGAUUCGUGUAAUCAUAGAGCUUUAAAUGCACAAGUGCUUUAUUAUUCUCGCCUGAAUGGCCAGUACCUUGUGUAAUUUAAUUUAAUACCAGUGGCGCCAUUUUCCUCCUUACUUCGUUUUUAACGCACCUAUAUUUGACUAGGCGCCUACGAUACGCCAUAUCGCCAUCGCCAUAGAUUUCGUCACGAUUCCUGUUUUAAAUUUACUAUAGUCCAGCGACGAAUGGUACUUUGUUGUUUUGCCGUCCCCAGACACAGACGACGUUGCGCCGGCGAUAUCAUGGUUUAAUCGACUAAAUCGCGUUAAGUGUUCAGUAGUCGAGAGCUUUGAUGUUAUGAAAGGGACACACAGGCUACGUCUUAAGGUACUUUUAGAAAUCUCGUUUAUAUUUCUGUCACGUCCUGUUAAUAUAUAAGUAAGUUUAAAAGUCUGAUGCUGUAAACUUCUUGCUUCUGUAACUCUUUUAAUUCAAAGAGUUAUUUUAUUUAAAAGUUGGGUCAUUGUAUUUAGAGUAGGCUGAACAUUUUCAGCAAACGUCAGGUAUAUUUGUACCUGAAUUUUAACGUACUCUAAUUAAAAUUUCUAAACGUAACAAAGACGUUGUCCUGUAAAAUUGGUGCGGUGGUCAAAAUCUUAGAUCGCAAUACUGAAUGCGAGUGCUCUAGAACGAGAAAGCUUACAAAAAAAAAAAAAAAAAAAGAAAAAAGAGAAAAAAGAAAGAAAAAAAAAGAACACAAAAAAGAAAAAACGGGUAAAAAUAUACGGUUGCAGUUACAGAAGGGAACUUCAAAAGAGAUAAGAACAAAGAGCAAAUAUACAUUACGUUGUUUGUUGGCUCAACCUUACAAGACAAAAGGGGGUAAAAAAGGAAGAAAAAUAUACAAAAAGCAGGCCCUUUGAAAAUAAGGAUGCAUAAAGGCGCACUCAUAUUUUAUAACUGUAUUUAUCAGUACGCUAUAUAUAUAUAUAUAUAUAUAUACAUACUAAGUAAUAUUCGUAAAUACAUAAACAUUAAAAUAAUUGAAAAACGACUGUGAUACCGAACGAUCUUGUGACAUUCAAUUUCCAUGCGAAUUGAUAAAUGAACAAUUUAACGAAAUACAAAUAUUAAAUGUAUUAAUUAAUCGGCAUUGAAUGUCUGGAAGGCAUGAGCUCAGUUGUUUGAGCAGAGGAUGGAAAUAUUAAGUCGUUAAAAGUGAAUAGAACAUCAAGAACAACGUGGCUGUUGUCCGAUCGGGGAGGGCUGAACGCUAGCCUCUUACAGUCCUAAAAACACGUUUUUGGGGCAUUGUUUCUACUUAAAAUAAACGCGCAUUAAUAAUAGAUAAUAACGGUGGAACGCGUCAUUACUGAUUGAUGAUGUUGGUAGGGCUUUGUAGAAUGUCGAUAUCUUUUGUGCAAACAUGUCGGAUUCUUACCUAAU